CUUUCAGCUCCUCAGAAUGACGACAAUACUCGGGAGGGCUACGAGGCCUUGUUCGAAGACAACAAUAUGGAAACACAGUGUCCGAACGAUAGCGUCGAUCCCUCCCUUUGGCAUACAAGGUCGCUCAAAUCCCGCUUCCUCUCAGAACCUGCGCGAACAAAGGCAAUCAACUACACCAACAUCGUGGACCCCAAUGCCCUAUGUCACAGAGACCAUUGGCGGAGGCUGGCACACAUACGAUAUCUACUCACGCCUCCUCAAAGAACGAAUCAUAUGUCUGAAUGGCGAAGUAGACAGCACUUCAUCUGCCAAUAUCGUCGCUCAAUUGCUCUUUCUUGAGGCCGACUCGCCCGAGAAGCCCAUUUCUCUCUACAUAAACAGCCCGGGUGGAAGUGUAACCGCUGGACUGGCGAUAUAUGAUACCAUGACAUAUAUUCGUUCUCCAGUCCACACCAUAUGUAUGGGCAUGGCAGCGUCCAUGGGCGCAUUGCUGCUCGCGGGUGGCGCUGCCGGCAAUAGAUUUUGCCUACCUCAUAGUAGCGUGAUGAUACAUCAACCGAGUGGUGGCUAUAGCGGGACAGCAGCAGAUGUAGCGAUCCAUGCUAAGGAGAUUUUACGAACACGGGAAAAGCUGAACAAAAUAUUCCAGAAUCACAUCACGAAAGAAAAGACACUGGAUGAGAUCGAAAGAAGCAUGGAGAGAGAUUACUAUAUGGAUGCACAUGAGGCACUGGAAUUUGGGCUUGUAGACCGAAUACUUGAGAGGAGAGAAAAUGAGGAGGGAGAGAAGAGCUGAAAGGGAACACGCAAAGGCUUGAACCCUAUUAUGCACCAUGAGGGAUUGCUACAAGCUGCACAAUUAAAGGAGCCUUCACGAUUUCUGACUAUCAAACUCAAGAAUAAUCUCGAGGAUUUGGUUGUUAUGUACGAUAUAAAUGCCAAACCAAAUGUGGUGAGAACCCUUAAUGAUAAGCUGGAAUCUUUGCCACCAUGUGGGAAAACCAUGCAACAGAAUCGUCGUUCACUAUAGAUACACACUUAGACAUUGAAUCCCUGCAACAUGGCAUGCUGAACAACCCCCAUUGGCCUAAGAGCACAUGAAUCUUCGAUCAGGGAUUCUCCUUAUAUUUAUCCCUUAAAGCAU